GAAUCAAAAUCAUCAUCAGGAUGUUCUACUAUUUCUUCGAAUCCCGGAAGAGCAAUAAUGAUCCUGUUGUGAUAUGGUCGUCUGGGGGUCCAGGGUGCAGCAGUUCUAUAGCCUUGUUUUAUGAGAUGGGUCCUUUUCAUAUCACUCAAAACUUGUCUCUUGUAUGGAAUGACUAUGGCUGGGAUCAGGCAUCAAAUCUUCUGUUUGUUGACCAGCCUAUUGGAACUGGUUUUAGUUAUACUUCGGAUGAGGAAGAUUAUCGUGGCGACGAGGAGGGUGUCAGAAAUGAUCUAUAUGACUUCUUACAGGCAUUUUUCAAGGAACAUUCUGAGUUCGUUUAGAACGAUUUUUACAUAACCGGAGAAUCCUAUGCUGGACAUUACAUUCCUGCUCUUGCCGGUAGGGUUCACAAAGGAAACAAAGCAAAAGAAGGGAUUCACAUUAACCUCAAGGGUAUGGCUAUUGGAAAUGGGCUAACUAAUCCUAGAAUUCAGUAUCCAGCAUACCCAGAUUAUGCUUUGAACAUGAGCAUAAUCCAAAAAUCCGAUUAUAAUUCCAUCAAGAAGCAGGUUCCUGAUUGCGUCCAGUCUGCAAAAUCCUGCGAAACUGGGGGUGAGAAUGCUUGUAUUUCUUCUUAUCAAACCUGCAAUGGUAUAUUUCAUCAGAUACUGUCUUAUGCUGGUAACAUAAACUACUAUGAUAUUAGAAAGCAAUGCGAGGGAUCCUUGUGCUACGACUUCUCAGCCAUGGAGACAUUCCUGAAUGAGAAAUCAGUCAGGGAUGCACUUGGAGUUGGAGACAUAAGCUUUGUCUCCUGCAGCACUGAUGUGUAUUAUGAGAUGACGGGAGACUGGAUGAGGAAUCUGGCAAUCGGAAUUCCUGAGCUGCUUGAGGACGGCAUCAGGGUUCUGUUGUAUGAAGGGGAGUACGACCUCAUAUGCAACUGGCUUGGAAAUUCCCUGUGGGUUAACGCAUUGGAAUGGUCUGGCCAGAAAGAGUAUCAGGCAGCUCCGACUGUUCCUUUUGUAGUUGAUGGUAAAGAAGCCGGAAGGCUGAAGACUCACGGUGCUCUGUCUUUCCUCAAGGUUCAUAAUGCAGGUCACAUGGUUCCAAUGGAUCAGCCGAAGAAUUCUUUGCAGAUGCUAGAGAGCUGGAUGCAAGGAAAAUUGGCCAUGCAGGCAUCCAUUUUGGAUGAAAUUUAAAAUUUCAUUGAUUCAAAACUGUUAUUUACAUUUAGAGCAACUAUAGCUGCCAUGUAUACAUCCUUAAGGACUGCUCCCAAGUAAUGUCCCCUGCGCCAUAUACAACAGAAAAAUCAUUCUAAUGAUCCUGGGAUUGUCUACCCUCUCUAUUGUCCCCGUUGCCCCUUCUUACAUAUUCUGUUGCAGAAGUAACACAUACAAUGUGCGUAACAUAUACUUGCUCGGCUUGGUUAAUAUAAUCACAAAAACAUA